AUGUGUAUGCACACGCUUAUGGAUAUUUGGCACAUUCUAACCCUGUCAUUCUCUCCCUCUCACCCUCCCACUCUUUUCACAGGCGACGUGAUCUUUAUUGUAAAGGCGAAGAAACAUGACACCUUUGUCCGUGAUGGUCACAACCUCGUCCACAUCGCCGAGAUUCCUGUAGCCCAGGCUCUACUCGGCGUGACAUUGGUCAUUAAAACCCUUGAUGACAGAGUCCUCCGCGUCGCCAUUACCCAGGUUGUCAAGUACGUAACCCAUCCAUUUACCAUUCUUUAA